AUGUGCAUCACCUGGUUACAGGGUUCAGGAUCCUCGGCGAGGAUCCUUGAGACAGGGGGGGAAACUUGUUACGGGGUAACAACGAAUCGAGAGAACUCCAUCGAGUUCGACGGAUUAGGAAGGAGAACGGCGGGAGUUGGAGGCAGUGCUGCAAGGAGACACGAUCCAUUAGCACCAGAGCCCCUAGAUUUCCACGAGACCUCCAUCGAGUUCGACCCAACCUGCGACCUAGUCGUCGUGUUUCCAGUACCGUUACAUGUGGCCGGCCCAUCACGUCUCCCGGCUGUUCCUCCUUCGUCUUCCCGCCGUCCUUCGGCCUCUCGUCCUUCGGCGCCACGUCCGUCCUCUCCAGUGGUAGCUUCUCCUCCGGCUCACAGCACCCGAAGUCGGCGUCCUUCUGUUCCUCCGGCCGCUUCGGCGGCCCCUCCCGUCACCCCUCCCUCUGCUUCCCAGAAGACACCGAAGUCUUCUUUAAAGAAAUCAAAAGGGAAAUCUAAAGGGAAGGAGGUUGCCUUCAAUGAUGGUGAUGUGGAAGGUGAAGAUACUCAGCGUGCUGGUCCCUCUGCUCCCCGGUUGUCCCUCGUCCACCCUCGUAUCUCCCUGGACGUCCGUAUUCCUGAGGACGAAAAGGAAUUCGCCACUUAUCGUUCUCUCGUCCUCGGUCUCACUACUCAGCUUGAGGCCGCCCGAAAUGAUACAUCUCUCCUGCUCAACUUCUCUUCUCGUCAAGCUAACGCUUUAAACAAUCUUACUGCGGCGUUAGUAGAUGUAGUCAACGCUGGGGCUCUGGACGACGAAGCAAGGACAAGGUUAGCGGACGUCUCUCGCCGAAGCCUUACUGAGAUAGCCGAUGUUCGCCGAAGACUGUUCGACACCCCCUUCCUAGUCACUCCUAUGGCGUAUGAGCCACCACCGUCCCUUGACUGGUUAGGUCGCCGUAGUAGUUCUCGUGUCCCAGCUUCCGCCCAGACUGCUCUCGACCUCCUCAGUCUUCCCUUCGAGUGUCUACGGACCAUACGUUCUCUGUGGAGGACUCCGAGCAUGCAAGCUGCUCGAGAUGUCCAGGACUUCGGUGACUUCUUUGGGGCUAUGAAUCGGGCAUGGAAUGCUUCUCUCUCUACUGCGUUCCCGUCUGAGACUCUCGAUCUACCUUCGGUCAUCGGUAGCCUCCACACCAAUCCCGCGGGACCGAGUAGAUCGAAGGAGAAAGGAAAAGGAAAAGGUAAGGGUAAGAGUAAGGACAACCCUUCGCAGUCGCCCCUCCUUCGGCUUAGUAGGGUGAAGUUCGUGGAACUUCGCCAAUAUGUCAUCAGCUCCAUCGACGUUCUCCACUGGUUCCCAUGA